AUGACGAAGAGGAUUGCAGUUGUUACGGGGGCAAACAAAGGGAUAGGAUUUGAAAUAUGUAAGCAGCUAGCUUCAAAUGGGGUGGAGGUGAUAUUAACUGCUAGAGAUGUGAGGAGGGGAAAUGAAGCUGUUGAAAAACUCAAGGCUGCUGGAUACUCCGAUGUGAUUUUUCAUCAACUUGAUGUGGGGGACAAGGCUAGCAUUUCUUCUUUUGCAAAUUUCAUCAAAACUCAAUUUGGGAUGCUUGACAUAUUGAUAAACAAUGCAGGGAUUGCUGGAUCCAUAAUCAACGCAAAAGAUCAAGAGGGCUUAAAACAAGGGUAUGAUGAAGUAAGUUUCCCAAUGUAA